CUAUUUGGUUACAAGACUCUUUUUAGAAAAUUAAUCGCAAUGACAACUUUUCAUUCUAGAAAUGCGUUUUAUAUCAUCAGCACAAUUUGUUACGCUUUAGGUGUGUCAUCAAUAGAAGUGGCCACAACAAUUCCUAGAAAGGUAACAGAUAUAUUGAAGAAGACUAACGUAUCAGAAAUCAAAGAUAUUCUUAAUAAUUCAAGGAGAAUUGUUGUUGGAACUGAAGCUUUGAACAAUAGACCUUAUAUGGUAUACUUGAAGUUGCCCACAAACAAUCCUAAGUAUAAAGACUAUAGACGGUGGCUCUGUGGUGGGGUUAUCAUCCAUGAAGAGUACGUUCUCACAUCCGCCGCCUGCAUCGAGGAUGCCAAACACUUCUACAUCGUAUCUGGCACUUACAAACAUGACGCCAGCGAUGACCGUUUUUCUAACCCUUGCAUAAAAAAUGGAGCCAAAAAAGCCAUUUGGAAAUGUAUUCCUCGAAAUUAUGUAUUCGAUGGUCAUGAAAAUGACAAUAUAAGGUGGAUGAACAAUGACAUUGCAAUUGUAAGAGUUGAGGAUGAAUUCGACUUUACCCGCCGAGUAAGAGGAUGUGACUAUACACCUAAGCCCAUUUGUUACAACAACCAAAGUGCCAAAUUGGAAGAAGCGGGCAAUACGGCCAGUAUCGCUGGCUGGGGUAGUACAUCUAAGUACAGUGAUAAUCAGGGUUCUGAGAGUGAAAAGCAAAAUCUUCUAGAAACACCAGUAACUAUAAUCUCUAAAAACCAGUGUAAGAAGCGAUGGGGAAAGCGGUACCAUAACAUUAUAGACAAUUACAUGAUCUGCUCCAAAGAUAUAAUUCCGGAUCUUUCUGAAGUAUGCGCGGAGAAGUACGUGGAUUGCACAGACGUACAGUACUCAGAUUCAGAUGAAACUGACAAAAGACGAGUGCUCAAUCCAAAUGAAUUGGUAUUACAUUCAGCGUACCACAACGAAUCUACAAGAAGACAGGUUAUUGGCAGUGGAGGGUUUUGCGAGAAUGAUCAUGGUGGUCCUUUAGUAGCCGGUAACUCUGCAAACGCGAUGGUCAUAGGCAUUAUUUCCGCUUGUCUGGUCAAAGAAAAUACGAACAAGUGCUAUGGUCCCUUUCUGUACACCAGCGUCUACAAGAACAGGGUCCUCAUCAAUUGCGCUAUAUUUAAAGAGGCACAAUCUUCGUGUGAGAAGCUAUUCCGAUCAGGAGGAACGCAUAUAGAAACUCAUUUGAGUUGGGCUGAUCAUCCUGAUGGGCCAGCGAAAAAUGAAGUGAAAAAGGCUAAAGAAGAAGAGCGAAGACGUCAAUUUGAAGCCAACCAAGCUACUAAUACAACAACAUCGACUCCAUCAAACGUUACGACAGAUGAAGUCAAGGAACGGAGUGGUAAUGUCACAAGAUUCGAUGAGAAAGAAAAACAAAAGCAAACAAACAAUGUGAAGAGUCAAGGAGCAACACCACACACACCAACGGAAGCAGAAAUACGAAGUAUGAUAAAUGAUACCCGAAGAAUUAUUAAUGGACAAGAAGUUACAGAUAACAGACCGUAUAUGGUGUAUCUUAAACUACCUCGGACCAAUGUAAAACAACCGAAUUACAAAACGUGGUUGUGCGGUGGCGUCAUAAUCCAUGAAGAAUAUAUUUUAACGUCCGCAGCGUGCAUUGAAGACGCCGAACAUUUCUAUAUAGUAUCAGGGACGUACAAAUAUGACGAUGAGGAUGAUAGAUAUAACAAUCCAUGUAUUAAAAAUGGAGCAAAAAAAGCUAUUUGGAAGUGUGUACCCAAAAACUAUGUAUUCGAUGGUCACGAGAAUGAUAAUAUCAGAUGGAUGAACAACGAUAUAGCCGUAGUCAAGAUAGAAGAUGGAUUCGACUUCACUAGAAGAAUUCGAGGUUGCGAUUUUAUACCUAAACCAGUUUGUUAUAACAAUCAAAGUCAAACUUUGGAGAAUCCUGGAACAGUCGUCUCUUUAGCUGGAUGGGGUACGACAGCUAGAUAUAAUGAUUGGGUUAAUAGAAGAAAAGACAACCAACAGAACUUGCUAGAAGCACACGUCGAAAUCAUACCCAAAAAUAGAUGCAAACGGCGCUGGGGCUCCCGAUACCAUAACAUCAUCGACAACUACAUGAUUUGCACCAAAGACAUUGGACAGACCAUGUCUGAGAUCUGUAAUGAGAAAUAUGUAGAUUGUCAGGAUAUUAACUACUCGGACGAAGACGAAAGUAAUAGACGUGAUACAGGUGCAAAAUCAGUAAGAGUUCCUACUAAUCUCGUGAUGCAUUCAGCGUACCACAAUGAAACAAUAGCUAUAGGUACCAAUAAUAGUAUCAGAAGAACGGGACCAAUGGUUGAUGGAGGAUUUUGUGAGAACGAUCAUGGUGGACCACUGGUGUAUGGUUCUGGAGUGAAUUCUAUCGUCAUUGGCGUCAUCUCUGCUUGCCUUGUCAAAGAAAGAACGAACAAGUGCUACGGACCAUUCCUUUACACAAGUUUGUUUAAAAACAGGCAGUUUAUAUCGUGUGCCAUUUACAAAGAUGUUGAGCCCAAAUGCCGCAGACAGUUCAGAUCUGGUGUCACACACGAAGAAAAGGUGUUCUCAUGGGUGAAUCACCCAGACGGGCCAGCAAAAACUGAGUUGUCUCCAGAGAAGUUAAAAGAAUUGAAAACUUUAGAAGCGGCGAAAGAGCAAGCUGAUGCCGCAGCGGAUGCAGCAGCAGCGUCUUUAUUUAUGCCAGUCGUAAGAGCUCAUGAACAACCAGAAUCAUCAAACAAAUCUGACAAGAUUUUCGCAGGAAGAUCAGUUUUGACAAAUUCAAACAGUGACAAAAAAGAAGAAACGUCAGCAAAGCCACAUCACACGAAACAUCACUCAAAAAGUGCCAAUAAAUCAGUAGAUGAUGUAGAUGAAAUAGCGGAUGAGAGUUGGAACUACGAAAAUACUACUACAGUAGAUACUAGAAGAAUUCUAUUCAGUAAGAGAACCGAGAAGGGAAAAAGACCUUAUAUGGUAUAUCUUCAACUAACAAAAGAAUCAGCCAAGGCUCAUAAGUACAGAGGCUGGUUAUGUGGAGGUGUGAUCGUGGAUACCUACUACGUGCUCACUUCAGCAGCCUGUGUUGAAGACGCCGACAGAUUCUACAUCGUCUCCGGCACCACUAAAUUCGUAGACAGCUUCGAUUAUAAGAAUGACGAAUGCGUUUGUAAACAUCGGCGUAAAGUUGUAUGGAAAUGUAUUCCCAAGAACUACAAAUUCGACUUCCAAGACAGUAUCAAGUGGUCGUCUAACGAUAUCGCUAUAGUCAAAGUAGAUAAAGCCUUCAAGUUCGGUGUUCAAGAAAAAGGAUGCGAAUUUAGCACUGAUUUCAUUAUGUAUAACAAUAUCAGUAGAGAAAUGGAAAAACCUGGAACCAAGGGUUGGAUCGCUGGAUGGGGCAGCGGUAACAAUUUCAGAGAGGGUGUCUACCGUCGUCAAAAAGAGCAUGUGCCGAAGAACAGUAAGUGUCUUCAAGAAGCCAAAGUAUGCAUAAUGGACAACGAACAAUGCGCGAAGAAAUGGGCACAAAGGUUCAGAGAAAUUAUUACACAAUACAUGAUCUGCACUAAAGAUGUCAUGAAACGUCUCAGUGAAUUAUGCGAUAAAAGAUACGCUAAUUGUACGGAUGUGGAAUCACGCCGUCUAGACUCGGAGAUUCCUACGAAAGCUCUCAACGUUGACUUGGGAAGGCAUCUUAGAGACCCAGACGAUUACACGGCGAGGAGAUCGUCUAUGCAAGGAGGUUUUUGUGAGAAUGACCAUGGUGGACCUCUAAUUGUGAGAUAUCAAGGCAAAGAACGAGUUAUAGGAGUAAUUUCAGCUUGUAAGAUUGACCCUAAAAGUCACAGCUGUCACGGACCUUUCUUAUACACAUCCAUCUAUAGAAAUCGUCAGUUCAUUUCUUGUGCUAUUCACAAAGACGUUGAGGAGAAUUGUAGAAGAGUAUUCCGUUCAGGUAUAACUCAUGAAGAGUGGUCGGUUUCUUGGGAUAACGCUGAUGACGAUGACGACUCCAUGAAUUCCCCUGUUAAUAGAAAUGAGAAACCUCCUGCCGGACGGGAUAGUGCCGCUGAUGACAAGUCGUCAGGAGAAAGUGAAUCUAAAGAGAACGUUCUGAGACAACUUAAAGACGACGUCAAGAGUCCAAGCACAGAUAAACCAAAGACAGAUAAUACAACUCCAAAAGCCGAAGGAUCAAGUUCGGAAACAGAGGCAGAAGAUGCGAAAGCGACUACAGAAAAAGCAGUAAAGAAAGAAGAAAACAAUGAAAAUACAGAGACAACUGAGAAGCACAAGAAGAAAUCGAAGUCUAAGAAGCACAAAGCAAAAGUAGAAGUACCAGAAGUGAAAGUAGAAACGAGUAGUCUGAAACCAGUGUCUGCAGAAGAAAGAGGGAGUUCAGCGGAGAUUCAAGUUAGAGGGCAACUUAAAAAGGACCCGGCGUCAUACGAGUCAAGUCCAGACGAUAAUGUUAACGAUCCAGACAACGAAUAAAGUUGGAUCAAUAAAUCAUUAUAAGGUUAAAUAAUAAGUAUUGGUUUUAAUUUCGUAAAACACCCAUAGGUCUUAUCAAAUUUGGAAUCACUACAUAGUAUAAAACAAAGUCGCUAUCCGUCGUCUGUCUGUCCCGAUGUAGGCUUAGAUCUUUAAAACUACGCAACGGAUUUUGAAGCGGUUUUUUUAUAUAAAACCCGCUUUGCGAUAGAGUGAUUCUUAAGGAAGGUUUAUAUGUAUAAUACAUGCAUAUUUCACUCGUGCGAAGCC